AUGGACAGCAACGGCUUCGUCAAGGAUGAUGGCCAAUAUGCCGACGCUAAGCAGCAGUUCAUCUUUCUCCAGAUGCCUGCCAGCAAGUAUCACAAACCACAUCUGGCGAAGGAGGAGCAGGAGGUCAUGGAUCAGCUGUACCGUGGUUGGCUGCACUACUGGAAUCAUGAAUCCCGCGAAGACUACCAUCACGGAAUGCCUGGCGCGCGGCGCUUCUACGACUUUGACGACAUGGUGAGCUACGACAUGUUUGGAAACACGGUUCGCGGGAGCUUCAAGGAGCACUACGACUCCGUCUUCCCCUACUGGAACGAUGGUCAGAUGGAAUACCAGGACAUCGAAAUCACGGCUCUGUCUGAAGAAUACGCCUAUUCUACGAUGAUCAAGCACACCUGGGGCACCGCGGGCGGCGUCCCAUUUGAUACAGCCUUCAGACGGACGGGCAUCGCGAGGAAGAACAGCGAAGGGCAAUGGAAGUGGAUUCACGAGCAUCUCAGCUUCCCGACAGACAUGGCCACCAAACAAACUGACUUUACCAGCUCACUGGAUCCCUUGAAGGCAACCAAGUUGAAUUAG